AUGGCUACUACUGGGGCAUCAGAUUUCAGCAUUAUCGCUUUGCUGACUCCUCCGGGAGCAGCUCCUGGUACUGGUCUUUCAGGGGUCAUUGCUGGUGCAAAUACCAUGUUUGCAGCUGCUGGAGGUGCUGAAGGUCUUGGUCCUGUGAUUAUUGACCAAGUUAUCGGUGAAUUACAAGGUCUUUUUGGUGACUACCCCAAUAGUACCGAUAUUGCACCAUCGGCCAUUUUCUUGGCAAUUUUCGCCAUUCUUGGUGCUGCUCAUCUUUAUAUUUUCCUCAAAGACUACUCCCGUGGCCAUAGAUUUUGGAUCUCAUUUGGUUUAUUUAUUUAUUGUGUUUUCCGAGUCAUUGGAUUUGCAUGCCGUAUUAGCUGGGCCAAGGACGUGCUCCGCAUCAAUACUGGUAUCGUUUCAGUAGUGUUUUCUCAGGUGUCUGUUUUGUAUAUGAAUGUUCUGUGUAUGAUUUUGGGUCACCGUAUCUUUACAUGGAGACAUCCUGAAACCGGUGCUGCUUCGUGGUUCAAUGCUAUUAUUUCCGUCAUUUAUCUUUUGAUUUGCGGUGUUGUUGCUAUGGCUAUUGUCGGCCAGGCCAUUCCUUAUCUUUACUUCCUUAGUCCUGAAAACUGGGCCAGAUAUCAAAAGGUUGUCAAGGCCGCUGCCAUUCUUAAUCUUUUGUACGCUUUGGCCGGUCUUGCUCUCGUCACUUUGGCAUACACCUUCAAGCCUGGUUCUAUUGAUCACAGACUAUGGCGUAUGCCCAAGAUGCAAGCCAAGGAUUUCUUGCCUCCUACUAUUCAACCUACCUGGAUCGAGAGCACCGGUCUUUUCUACUUCCCUAGAAGAGGAUCUCAAAUUCCUAUUUUGAAAGGUGACCGUUUGGAAAAGGCUAUUCGAGUCAUUCCCUCUCGCGAGGCUCCUGCUUCUGGACUCACCAACUCGCACUCUCCUGAUCACACUUCCGGUCCCAGUAUUCGCACCGCUGUCAUUGUCGUUGUUAGUCUUUCACUCAUUCUUACUAUGAACGUUGCUUUCCGAGUUGCUGCUGUUUUCACUGUCAAGCCCCGUGGCGGCGGUACUCCUGGCAGUCAUCUCAACGCCUGGGUUUUCCACAACUACGUGUUCUACAUCUGGUACGGUGCUUUUGAGGUUAUUGUGAACCUGAUCCUGCUCCUCAGCAGAGUCGACCUCCGCUUCUACAUUCCUGAUAUGGCCCGCAAGAGACGUGCCGACGAGCCUCUUCCCAACCACCAAUACGAGAACGACGAGGUCAAGCUCACUGCAUCCAACAACGAGGUUUCCGACGUCGAGAACCACCCCCAGUACGACGGCCAGUACAACACCCACAACCUCGCAGAGUAA